AGGUAUGGAAGCAUGGUUUCUGAUUGUCACGGGGAUGGCAAAUCCCUGAAGCAGCUAAAAUGUGCCAUGUCCUCCGUCCUAAAGAUCUGGCUUGAAUUCUAUUCCACUGAUUUCCACGAGCCUCCGGAAUUUCAUUCCUUGAAGUUUCUGUCGGCCUACAUACAUGUCAGUAUGCCGGGUUCAGAGGUGGAGCGCAAGGCUGAUCUUCUUCUGGUGCAGCUGGAGAAGCUGGAGCACCUGGAGCCUAGUGAGGCGGAGACUGAGGGUGAGGAGGAAGAGG